GGGCUGUUGCUCACGCAAGCAGGCUGGCAUCCGAGUGAGCUUUGUCGCUGACAACGUGUGGCUUCUUGCUACAAAGACUCUAUUGACACUGGUGGCUUCAGCGGCGGCCACUUUUUAAGGCAAAGAUAGUUGCUUUUUGCAGAGGUUACAGGCGUCCUUCCCUAGAACUGCUGUAGGCUCGGUGCCCCUAACAGGAGAUAUGCCGCGGGGACGCAAGAGUCGGCGCCGCCGUAACGCAAGGGCCGCAGAAGAGAACCGCAACAGUCGUAAGAUCCGGGCCUCAGAAGCCUCCGAGACCCCAAUGGCGGCCUCUGUUGUCCCAAGCACCCCGGAGGACAGCCUGAGCGGCCCGGAGGCAGCCCGGAACACUCCGGAAGAGGCCUCCACUACCCCUGCGGAAGCCUCGAGCACCGCUCAAGCACAAAAGCCUUCGGUAGCCCGGAGCAAUUUUCAAGGCGCCAGGAAAAGUCUCCUGAUGUCCAUAUUAGCACUCAUCUUCUUCAUGGGCAACAGCGCCAAGGAGGCCCUGGUCUGGAAAGUGCUAGGGAAGUUGGGGAUGCAGCCUGGCCGGCAGCACAGCAUCUUUGGAGAUCCAAAGAAGGUCGUCACAGAAGAGUUUGUGCGCAGAGGGUACUUGAUUUAUAAGCCUGUGCCCUGUAGCCGCCCCGUGGAGUAUGAGUUCUUCUGGGGACCUCGAGCACACGUGGAAUCUAGCAAGCUGAAAGUCAUGCAUUUUGUGGCAAGGGUGCGUAACCGAUGCUCCAAGGACUGGCCAUGUAAUUAUGAUUGGGAUUCGGAUGAUGAUGCAGAAGUUGAGGCUAUCCUCAAUUCAGGUGCUAGGGGUUACUCCGCCCCUUAGGGAAAUAUGGGGCAGACCCUUGAGAGGGGUUGGAAAGAGCAUCAAAGGUACCCCAAAGAGUAGAUUACCUGGGUCCUGAAUUGAAUAUGAUGGGGAAGGGGGGCACUGUAUUUAGUAUUUGUGAUCAGUGCUAAUUGUUUAAACUACGAAAGAGAGGGUUUGCUUUGGAUAUUGUAAAAUUUUAUUCAUUUUAAUACAGUGUUGAUUUAGGUCACGAUAUAUUUAAAAACAUGAGUGAAUAAAACCUGUUUCUUUUUUUCUGCCAUUGAGAUUUAGUAUAACAGUUUUGCUAACAUUUUAAAAUGAGGUCUUUCCACCAUAUUCUGUGGUCAGGUACAUAUUUUAUAUCAUUGAAAUAGGCUGUUCUUUGAAAGUUUGAAAUAACCAGCAAAAUGUGAGAGAAGGAUGGGAGAAUUCUUUUAUGUGUGACCUUCCUGAAAACCUUUGUGUCUGCUGUUGUGUAAAGAAGACUGACAACUACCAUGAUUUUGCUUAGCUACCGCAAAACAUAGAAAAAAUAAAAGUGUCAUGACAAGGA